AUGGGUUGGCGCACCCGCUUUUGCGCAAGCAGCGGCGCGCUCGUCAAGGAGGUGGAGCGCACCACCAACCACGACGUCAAGGCGGUGGAGUACGUGCUCAAGCGCCGCUUCGCCCAGGACGCUGAGUUGGCGCGGGUGCUGGAGUUCACCCACUUUGCCUGCACCAGCGAGGACAUCAACAACCUGGCGCACGGCCUCAUGCUUAAUGAGGCGAUGCAGCAGCAGGCGCGUUGCGGGGGCGAACGGGGUGGGGUCGCUGGAGGCUGGGUCCUGCCAGCCAUGGACAAGGUCAUCAGCGAGGUGGCGCGCCUGGCUCAGGAGUAUGCUGACGUGUCGAUGCUCUCGCGCACCCACGGCCAGACCGCCAGCCCCACCACGAUGGGCAAGGAGAUGGCCGUGUUUGCGUACCGGCUGCAGCGGCAGCGCGACGCGGCGGCGGCGGUGCAGAUGAUGGGCAAGAUGGCGGGUGCCGUCGGCAACUACAACGCCCACAUUAGUGCCUACCCUGACGUCGACUGGCAGGCCGUGGCGGAGGGCUUUGUCACCUCCCUGGGGCUCAAGUUCAACCCCUACGUUACCCAGAUUGAGCCCCACGACUGCAUUGCGGAGCUGUUUGGUGCCAUCGUGCGCUUCAACAACGUGCUGCUGGACUUUGACCGCGACCUGUGGUCUUACAUCAGCCUGGGGUACUUCAAGCAGCGCACCAUCGCGGGCGAGGUCGGCAGCAGCACUAUGCCCCACAAGGUCAACCCCAUUGACUUUGAGAACUCCGAGGGUAACCUUGGACUGGGCAACGCGGUGAUGGACCACCUCAUCCACAAGCUGCCCAUUAGCCGCUGGCAGAGGGACCUCACUGACUCGACCGUGCUGCGCAACCUCGGCGUCGGCAUCGGCCACAGCCUGCUGGCCUACUCGUCGACGCUGCGCGGCAUCAGCAAGCUGCAGCUGGACGCGGACCGCCUGCACUCUGACCUGGACGCGUAUGGCGUGGAGGAGCCCUACGAGAAGCUCAAGGCCUUCACCCGUGGCCAGCGCGUCACCCAGGCCUCCAUGCAGCAGUUUGUGCGGGACCUGGACGGCUUGCCCGCGGAGGCCAAGGAGGAGCUUGCGCGGCUCACGCCCUGGGGGUACGUGGGCAACGCCGCGGACCAGGCCAGGGCGCUGCCCCGGCACCUCGGCGGCGGCGCGGGCGGCAACGGCAAGCACUGA